AAAGACAAAAAGAGCCAGCAAGGUCGCACGCUGCUGGCAUGAUCGGGAUGGAGUUGAGGCGAAUGGCCAAUUUUCGCCGAGCACUCCUUGCAAGACGGAGACCCCUCCUCCUCAACUCGUUCAAGAACAUCAUCAAGCCUCAACAGCCAAAGAUCGUCUCCAGCAUGCUCUACAGAAACUACACCAGCGCUGCUCCCGCGACCAUCCCCGGUCUGGGCCAGCCCGACAUGACCAAGGGUCCCCUCUACCGUUACGAUACCGCCCUUCCCAAGCUCCCCGUCCCCACCUUGGCCGAGACUUGCGCCCGCUACCUCAAGUCCGUCCGUCCCCUGUUGAACGAUAAGGAGUUCGCGGAGACCAGCGCUGCUGUUGCCGAGUUCCAGAAGCCCGGCGGUGUCGGUGAGGAGCUCCAGAAGCGUUUGCUCGCCAAGGCCAACGACCCCAAGACCGUCAACUGGCUCGAGGACUGGUGGAACGAUCUCGCCUACUUCGGAUACCGCGAUCCCGUCGUCAUCUAUGUCUCGUAUUUCUAUGCCUACAAGGAUGAUCGUCUUCGCAAGAAGCCCACUCAGCGCGCUGCCGCCAUCAUCCAGGCCGCCAUGGAUUUCCGCAGACAGGUUGUUGACGAAUCCCUGGCACCCGAGAUGGUCAAGAAGAGCCCCCUGGACUCCUCGACCUACAAGUACAUGUUCAACGCCUGCAGAUACCCCGCCAAGCCCAGCGACUUUGAGCUGGCCUUUGACCCUGCCCAGAAUAACCAUGUGGCCGUUGUCCGCCACAACCAGUUCUUCACCUUUGAUCUGAUCAAGGAUGGCAAGGUGUUGAGCACCGCCGAUAUCGAGGCCCAGUUGGAUGCCAUUGUCAAGCUGGCCGGUGACCGCAAGGACCCUGCCAUUGGUGUCUUGACCUCUGACAACCGUGAUAUCUGGACCGAGGCCCGCAAGACCCUCAUCAACGCCGGCUCCCAGAACGAGGAGCUCCUCCGCAAGAUCGAAUCUUCGGUCUUCUUGCUCUGCUUGGAUGACUCCAGCCCCGUCACUCGCGAUGAGGUCUCUCGCGCCUGCUGGCACGGAGAUGGCCGCAACCGCUUUUUUGACAAGGCCCUCCAGUUCAUUGUCUUUGAGAACGGCAAGGCCGGUUUCAUGGGCGAGCACUCGACCAUGGACGGAACUCCCACUUGCCGCCUGAACGACUAUGUCUGCACUACUCUGGCCCAGAACAAGAUUGACCACGGUCCUGCCACUGUCUCGUCCAGCUUGGAAGCCCCCAAGAAGCUGAACUUUGCUUUCAACACUGCCGUCCAUAAGGCGAUCGAGACCUCAGAGAAGAACUUUGAGGAGCUGAUCGGCAAGCACGGCCUCCAUGUCCAGAACUAUGAGGGAUACGGCAAGGGCUUGAUCAAGAAGUUCAAGUGCUCCCCAGAUGCCUAUGUCCAGAUGAUCAUCCAGCUCGCUUACUACAAGAUGCAUGGCGUGUCUAACCCCACGUACGAAUCUGCGCAGGUCCGCAAGUUCCAGCACGGUCGCACUGAAACCUGCCGUACUGUCAGCACCGAGUCGGUUGCUUGGGUCAAGUCCAUGGAAGAUCCCCAUAUCUCUGCUACUGACAAGACUGCUUUGUUCAAGAAGGCACUUGAGUCGCAUGUGGGCUACAUGGCCAGCGCUGUCGAGGGCAAGGGAGUCGAUCGCCACCUGUUGGGUCUCCGUCUGUCGCUCAAGUCGCACGAGAGCAAGCCCGCGAUGUUCACACAGGAGGUGUUCAGCCGCUCGAGCCACUGGAACCUGUCAACGUCUCAGCUUUCUGGCGAGCACUUUGAUGGAUACGGUUGGGGUGAGGUCGUCCCCGAUGGUUACGGAGUCGCAUACAUGGUCAACGAGAACAACUUGAGCUUCAAUGUUGCGUCGAUGAAGGAGAUGCGCCCUGAGCGUCUGCACCACUACCUGAAGGAGGCUGCCACGGAGAUGAGACAGCUCUUUGAGCAGACCCUACUUGAGGCUCCCAAGUCGAAGCUGUAAACGAUCAACGGCGCUGACUAAGGAUGGGCGAUAUUAUGGGGGGAGGGGGUUUUUCUUCUUUAGACACACAACACCACAUUACUUAUUUCAAUGGCAAUAAAUGACAUGUAUAUAUACAAAAAAAAUAUAUAUAUAUAUCGCUUACCAACCUGGCGA